GGUGCAGACUCUGCAUCAGCUGAUCCUUUGGUCCUUGACCAGUAUGUAGUGGUGGCACCGUAUGACAAACAAGAGAGCUCUGAAAUCAACCUGCGAGUUGGACAAGUGGUGGAUAUCAUUGAGAAAAAUGAGUCUGGUUGGUGGUUUGUUAGCACUGCAGAUGAACAGGGCUGGGUACCUGCAACUUGUCUAGAGGCUCAAGAUGGGGGACAAGAUGACUUCAACAUUCAGCCUGAAGAGGCCCCAUGGCGAUACUGGUCCUUGCCUAGGCACGUGGGCCGCCGACGGACUCUUGGGGAUUUGUACACCAGUGGAUGGGGUCCAGAGGAGAAAUACAGUGUGAUCUACCCAUACAUAGCAAGAGAUCAAGAUGAAAUCACGCUAGAUAAAGGAGUCGUCGUUGAAGUUAUCCAGAAGAAUUUAGAGGGCUGGUGGAAAAUUAGGUACAAAGGUGCAGAGGGCUGGGCUCCAGCUUCCUACCUUAAGAAGAUUAGUGGGGACCUGUUGUCUCAAAAACUGGCUUCAGGAUCAAGUGCCAAUUCAAGUGCUCUAGACCUGGAUGGACUCUCUAGGCAACAAAACUAUACAAAUCGUGAUAGGGAUGUUCCUGGGCGGCAGGCUCAUGUCACAGACUUUAAAAGAAAAUCUCCAAUAAUGAGACAGAGACCUCCCCCUCGCCGGGAUCUUACUAUUCCCCGAGGUCUAAAUCUCCCAAAACCUCCUACUCCACCACAUGUUGAAGAAGAGUAUUACACCAUUGCAGAUUUCCAGACCACCAUACCUGAUGGCAUCAGUUUCCAGGCUGGACUAAAAGUGGAGGUUGUUGAAAAGAACCAUAGUGGUUGGUGGUAUAUACAGAUUGAUGAUAAGGAGGGCUGGGCCCCUGCCACUUUUAUUGACAAGUACAAAAAAACUAGCAAUGCUUCAAGGCCCAAUUUUCUGGCCCCUUUACCAAAUGAGAUGGCCCAGCUGUGCUUGUCUAAUGCUUCUACAGAAAGCACCUCUGUGGAGGAAGCAUCUGGGCCAUGUAGGCCCCUGCCUGAGCCACCACAAAAUGGUACAGACCCUGUGUCCAAAUGGUCAAAAGAGUGGAAGAACAAAGAUCAAGGUUUCAAAAGUUCUUCCUUUGAUGGCAAAGAACACUUUUUAAAUAGUGUGUAUGAUGAGGCAGCUGGGGACGAUAGGGAGGAUAGGCCAAGUCUACCUCCGAGACGAGAAUCCAUGUUGAAAAAUGAAGAGGUAUCUGAGCGGCCAAGCAUGCCACAGCACCGGGCUCCCCCUCCAAAACCUUCAGCCAGCAUGAUGGCAUCAAGUCCUCAGAAGCAAGUUCUUUUAAAGGAGGCCAAGAAACCAGAAAUAAAAAUUGACAAGAGCAAAAUGUUUCAGUUGAAAAAUGAAAUGGGUCUUGAAUGUGGACACAAAGUGUCACCCAAAGAGUUAAAAAAGCCAGGGCUUAAGCCUGUUGCCAACAAACCUAAGCCUGAGAUAUCAUCAGAUAAACCUGAAUUAAUGGUUCCAAACCCUUUUCUCAAACCUAAACCACAGGUCAAACCCAAACCAGUUGCUACAAGUAAAACUGAGGUUAAUUCAGAAGAUAAGGUUGACAUUUCAAAUCUGAGAAGCAGACUUAAACCCUCUGGGAAAUCAUUGGAUAAAAGUAAUGAGCAAGAGCCAUGUGCAAGUAGUGGGGUGAGCGAUACCGCAGUGUACAACUGUAUAGGGGCUGCUGGCAGACCCCUUGAUAAACCUGAUCAAAAACAUCUGAACAAGCAAGACAAUAGUGUUCCUGGUGAACCACCUUCUAAAGCGCUUCCAGUACCACUUAGGACUGUUGACACUGAACCAAAGGCUGCAAGAGAUCCACCCCAGAGGCCUGUAAUUCCACCAAGAAGACCACCUCCUCCCAAGAAAGUUUCCACGUCCAGUGAAACUAAUGAAGGCAAGGCAACACAGCUAAAAGAAAGUUCUGAUUUUACAAUUGCUCAUAUGGCAAAUCGACCCAUAAUGGUUCCUCCUAAAGCCAAGCCGCUCAUUUCUUCAUCAGGUAGUGAUGAUACCAAAGUGAAAAAUAGCUUUGUUCCCAAGAUGCCGGCAUCAAGACUAGCAGAUAAAUCAGAAACAAAAGAGAAGCCUGUAUCCAGCACUCCACCUUCUCAGUAUGUGGCUGUUGCAGAUUUUGAUGGAGAUGAGGAUACUAGUAGCUUUAAAGAAGGAACAAUAUUUGAGGUUCAGGAGAAGAGUUCUAGUGGCUGGUGGUUCUGUAGGGUUCUUAGUGGAGGCCCCAUUUGGGAGGGCUGGAUACCUUCCAAUUAUCUAAGGAAGAAGCCAUAA